AUGGCCGCCUCUGUCGAUACCAUCCCACCGCUUCCCUCCCCUCCAGCAUCAACAUGCGCCGACACCAAACUCGCCUCCGACGAGGAUCAAUCGUCCGAAGGAUCCAGCGUCAGCAUGCGUCGCGAACACUCCAACUCAUCAUCCAUCUCGGAACCGACGGUCGAAGAAGACUACGAGCGAAGACUGGAUGAGCAGCAACGUCAUUAUUCAUUGAUUGACGAUGCGCAAAAGGAUGCCGACUUGGAAACGGCUGUGCCUUCUGGAAGGGCCAGUCGCAGCAGUACGAUAAGCAAUACUACAAACCCAAAUGUUCGUCGUCUCUCGGCGACCGAGAUGCAGCGCCUCACAAACUCUCCUGAGUCUUUACCUGUUGCCCCCGCUCCGCAGCGGAGAGAUUCUACUUCUCAGCACGAAGCUGUACGACAAGCGACGAUGAGGCUCGAGAAUCAACAAACGGAAGCGUUUCCUUCGCUGCAGCCGAAUAGUGUUGCUGUAGAAGCUCGCUCGGCUACUGGUCUUGGACUUUGGGAUCUUCAACUUCCAAAACGACCGUCUCCUGGAGCACGCACUCUGUCAACGCCUCCCACGAGUCGAAGAGCAAACGAUUCGGGCACAUCCUCGCCGCGAAGGUAUUCUUCCUUCAAUCCCGCUGGUCGGCCUACAUCUCUCAAUCUCGACGGUGCAGGUCCAACAUCUCCUAUCAACAGCACACGAUCAACACCCGCGACCGCCAUUCCCGUCCAAACCGAUGGCCUACGACCACCGUCACCGAUUCCGCCUAUUAUUCCUCUACCGCCCAUGUCACUACCUACACAUCUACAGCUCGAAUUGGCGGCUCAGCGACCUAGUCCGUUGUACAUCCAUCAAUCCCACGCCUACGACAUCCCCUACGAAUCCAACGCUGUCAAAUUCGAGCGUCUGAAGAAUGUACUUCUUCUCCCGCCGUUUCUCGAGCGCACGCUCAACUUUGGAGCCAUGGCUUGUCUUGAUGCUUGGUUGUAUAACUUUACUAUCCUCCCUAUGCGAUUUACUCUAGCUGUUGGCGUACUGGUUCGUUGGUGGGGGUACCUGGUUCUUAAGGAGGUCCGAUGGCUCGUCGACUAUGUAUGGUACGGUCUGGGAAGGCUCUGGCAACGAGGACGAGGUACACUGCCCACAACAACCGACGAGAGCAGCACCGAUGAAGGAAGAUCACGAAGCGAGAGUCGUCCUAGAGGGAGGUCGAAUGAUCAGAAGAAGCACGAUUUUAAACCGCACGCAAAUGCUCACUUCAAACCCUUACCAUCUCGGUCCCAACCUCGAUCUGGAGCGUUUCGACACAGGAGGACCAAAUCUAUGCCUUCAAACCUCUCAGCAUUCCACAAAGCUGAUCUUCUUCAAGGCUUGGUUAUUAUCUGUAGUUCCAUGGCCCUUAUGACCCUCGACGCAAGCCGAAUGUACCACUUCAUCCGCGCUCAGUCCGCUAUCAAGCUCUACGUCAUUUACAACAUUCUCGAAGUUGGCGACCGUCUCCUUUCUGCUCUUGGUCAGGAUAUUCUCGAGUGUUUGUUCAGUACGGAAACGCUCUCUCGUAAUGCGUCAGGACGAUCAAAAGUAUUGCUCCCACUAGGCAUGUUCAUGCUGGCUUUGGCAUACUGCUGUCUUCAUUCGAUAGCAUUGUACUACCAAGUCAUCACGCUCAACGUCGCUGUCAAUUCUUACUCCAACGCCUUGCUGACGCUCCUUCUCUCGAACCAAUUCGUCGAGAUCAAAAGUACUGUCUUCAAACGUUUUGAGAAAGACAAUUUGUUUCAGCUCACCUGUGCUGAUAUCGUUGAACGUUUCCAGCUUUGGAUCAUGCUUCUCAUUAUCGGCAUGCGCAACGUUGUUGAAGUUGGUGGACUGAGUGUUCCUGGUGCUGGUUCUGAGACGUCCUUUGACGACGCCUCUAAGCCGUUGCAUAACCCGUCUAUUCUUCCUCACAGUUUCACGGUGCUUCCGCCUUGGAUUACAAAUUGUCUUAUGUCGGGCGAGGUUCUGUCUCCGUUUCUUAUCGUUAUUGGGAGUGAAAUGCUUGUCGACACUAUCAAGCAUGCAUAUGUUACCAAGUUCAACAAUAUUAAGCCGGCGUUUUAUAGUCGUCUUCUUGACAUCCUCUGCAAAGACUAUUACACCAACGCCUUCAUGACUCCUUCUCUUACCAAACGUCUCGGAUUGGCAGUCAUACCGCUCUCAUGCCUCUUCAUCCGCGCUUCCAUCCAAACCUACCACAUGCUCCUCUCCACGCACCUCCCAAUGCCAAUGCCCAUCCCCGAAUCAACACAAACAUCCCUCACAUCCGAAUCCGCAACACCCUCAUCGCCCGCCAUAGUCGCAGCGCUAAACCACUUCGACACUCUAAUCCGCGACUCCCUCGGCCGCGCAACAUACGGCUACCCCUACGGCUCCCCCCUCAACUCGCGUCCGUGGUACUCCUGGACAUCCGACGACGUCAUCGCCGCUCUAACAAUGGUAGUCGUUUUCUUCAUCGCCUUUCUCGUUCUCCUCAUCCUCAAAUUGUUACUGGGCAUGUUACUUUUAAAAUAUUCGCGUAAUCGGUACGCGGAUAUGAAGCGCAAGGAACAUGCGAUGUAUGCAGCUGAGGCCUUUGACAUUGCGAAUGCACGACGGGUAGGUGGCUUUGGACAGGUUGAGGUUGGGGAGGAUAGGCAGAGGUGGAUACAUGCUGAUAGGAAUGAGGGCCUUAAGGGGGGCAAGGGGCCGGGAAAGAGGGUUGAGAAGGAUAAGGGGAAGAAGGAUGAUUUUGAAAAGGUUAUGAGGUAUGAGAUGGUUGCGAAGAGAAUUUGGUGA